UCAACCGCCAUUAAACAACACAAGAAGAACAACACACGCUUGGACUCGGAUUUUCACAUGAAACGGAGCUUCUUUCUCCACACGCGCUUCAGAUCUCUGAUACUCUACGUAACAUCACUAAAGAUGUACCACUGCUCAGAUUGCGGGAAGAGUUUUACUAAAUGACGUGGUCUCGAAUACCACAAGCGCAUUCAUACAGGAGAUAAGCCGUAUCACUGUGGACAGAGUUUUGCUUGUCCGAGUACUCUCCAAAGACACGAGCGAAUUCACAUGGGAGAGAAGCCGUAUCACUGCUCAUAGUGUGCGAAGAGUUUUCGUGCCCAGAGUGCCCUCUACAGCCACCAACAGUGUCGUACCGGACAGAAGCCAUACCUCGGCGGACAAUGUGGAUGGAGCUAUACUCGUUCAAGUUCAUUAAGGACUUCAUUAAGGACUCCCACGUGCUCUAAGAUAAAGCCAUCGUCUGUUGACAUGUGAAUUUGUCAAAAUGUACAACUGCUCAGAUUGUGGGAAGAGUUUUACUAAAACUCAUCAUCUUAAAAAUCACAAGUGCAUUCACACAGAAGACAAGCCGCAUCAUUGUGGACAGUGUGGGAAGAGUUUUAUUUGUCUGAGUCAUCUCCAACAACACCAGCGCAUUCACACAGGAGAGAAGCCGUAUCACUGCUCACAGUGUGGGAAGAGUUUUACUUGUCAGAGUAACUUCCAAGUACACAAGCGCAUUCACACAGGAGAGAAGCCGUAUCGCUGCUCACAGUGUGGAAAUAGUUUUACUCGUCAAAGUCAUCUCCAACAACAUGAGCGCAUUCACACAGGAGAGAGGCCGUAUUACUGCUCACAGUGUGGAAAGUGUUUUACUUGUCAGAGUCAUCUCCAACAACACCAGCGCAUUCACACAGGAGAGAAGCCAUAUCACUGCUCACAGUGUGGGAAGAGUUUUAUUUCCCAGAGUAAUUUCCAAGUACACAAGCGCAUUCACACGGGAGAGAAGCCGUAUCACUGCUCACAGUGUGGAAAUAGUUUUACUCGUCAAAAUCAUCUCCAACGACAUGAGCUCAUUCACACAGGAGGGAGGCCGUAUCACUGCUCACAGUGUGGGAAGAGUUUUACACAAGAAAGUCAUCUCCAACAACACCACCGUGUUCACACAGGAGAGAAGCCGUAUCACUGUGGACAGUGUGGGAAGAGUUUUAAUCAAGAGGGUAAUCUUCGGACACACCAGCGCAUUCACACAGGAGAGAAGCCUUAUCACUGCUCACAGUGUGGGAAAAGUUUUCGUGACCAGAGUACCUUCCACAGCCACCAGCAGUGUCAUACAGGACAGAAGCUGUACCUCUGUGGACACUGUGGAAGGAGCUAUACUUAUGCACGAUCAUUAAGGCAACACAAGUGCUCUAACAUAAAGCCAUCAGCUCUUGACAUGUGAAUUUGUCAAUUUAUGAUACAUGUUUUUAAAUAUAUAUUGUUCUAGGAGACCUGGAUCUCCGGAAUUUGUAGUCUCAGCCCUGCCGUUAUUUCUUGCUUAAUGUAAAUACAAGCUGAUAUAUGUUCAUAUAUUAUAACUGCCUUGAAAUAUGUUUUAUGAUUAAACUAUGUAAAGAACCUCAACCUUGACAGCCCAGGGAAAUACAAUCACGUCAGGAGAAAAUGAGGUCCAAGAAGAAAAAAGGGAACAAGCCUGCCCCAAGGUAUCCAGCGAUAUGGAGGAAGACGGAGUGGAAAAUGUUCCGCCAAGAAGGCUGAUCCUGACGUUCUCCAACAGGACCUGUGAGGAUUACAACUCGACACGCUGGAUGUUAAGAGAACUGAGGAACUAAUAUUGGAAAGUAAUUGUUUAAUGAAGAAAUGUGAUAAUAUAAGGAGUGCCCUGAAUAGAAAGGGGGCCGAAGCUGUAAUGUUAAGACUGUGCUAAAUUUAGACUUGCUGAAACCAUUAGAUGACUAAAUCAGAGAUAUAGGCAAAAAUACACAGAAAAUGAAAAAAGCGCACACCUGUGUUGAGAGGCCAAGGUCCUCUGCUUUUACUACACGGGUGAAUGAACUGGAAAGAUUGAUAAACCAAAUUGAUAUAAAACAAGCAUGUCAGAGAACCAUAAAAGAACAUGCAUCUUGCUUUCUCAAACACCACACCUUCCUGUUUUUGUCUUAAGACAGUAAGUUAGCAUUCUUUACCAAUAUGUUGAACUUUAUGCUGUACGGUUUUCUGAAAAAUAACUGCUACAUUCUUGUUUUCUCUUAAGAAAGCGAGCUAGUGCUGUACACUUUUCUGUGAAAUGACUACUACAUUCUUGUUUUUCUCUUAAGAAAGCGAGCUAGCGCUGUACGCUUUUCUGUGAAAAGACUGCUAUAUUCUAAGUUUUUCUCUUCAGAAAGUGAGCUGGCGAACAAAAACCACAUGAUAUUUUGAGCAUCAAGCUUAAACCCUAGCACCUGAAACCGAAAUAGAUAAAGGUAUAAAUACUUGGAAGAAGCCAGCAUAGAGUUGCCACUUCUCGGGUGAAGGUUUGGUUGUUUUUAAGUUCUUGGAAAAGAAAACCACUAUUCAGAUUCUGCGUGGUCUAAGGCUUUUCUUUAUUUUAUUUUUCUUUAUAUUUUGAGUUAAAGGUAAUUGUAAUCCUUUUGUUCUUUAAUAAACCGAAGUCCAUAGAAAGGACGAUUCAUAUAUCUCA